AUGAGCUGGCAGUUGGCCUUGGAAGGGGCGAGCCAGAGCCAGCCUACAAGCGACUCGCCCCUCUUGCUCUUGCCCGGAUCUGCACAAGUCGGCCGUGGACAGACUGCCAUCAUCCGGUCGACCCACCAGUCUGUGUCAAGAGUUCAUGCUGAGCUGGUGAUCAAAGCAACCGAAGGUUCUUUGGCUGAUGUGCGCCCUUUGGAAAUCAGUCUCAUUGACCGCUCAUCCACCGGCCACACUUUUGUGAAUGAGCUGAAGACACCGGGCAACGGAGUUCCGGUCAAGCUACAGGACGGCGAUUUCUUCACGUGCGGCAUUGACCCACUACGCUACACAGUGAGGUGGAGGCCCAUUCUCCUCAGCGUUUCUAGCCGCCUCUCGGCAGCUGAGCUGCGGGGCUUGGAAGACCUGGCCCGUGCAUGUGGAGUGUUCCUCACCACAGAGUGGACGCAGCAGUGCACCCACCUGCUGAUCGAGCAGUGGGCGAUCACUCCGAAGCUGCUGUGCUGCAUCAUCGACGGCGCGUUGCCAGUCGCCUCAUCUUUCCUUGACGAUCUCGUGUCUCGCUGUGACACAGAGCUCCGGCCAGAGCCAGCCACGGCCUCGUGUGCACCACGCCCGCCUGGAGGAGCCGAUGCGGCCUACGGCGCCGAGCUCUCCGCCUAUGCCAGCAGCCCUUCUCCACGGCGUCAGCUCCUGAAAGGCAGCUGGAUCAUAUUCAGUCACAAGCAGGCCUAUGAUGCACUCCACUUGCCCCUAGAGCAUGCCGGGGCAUCGUUCCUGCUGGUGGCGCGGGAUGUGCCAGCUGGCAGCAUGGUACAGGACCUCAAGCGAGGUGUGGCGAUGCAUGGAGCUCCGAGUGAGGUGUGGAUCAUCCCAGCUUUGCCGCCGGGACUGGCACCCCUACUCUCAGAGCUUGGGGAGCUUCGCUGCCCGUGCCUGGUCGUCGGCCAGCAGGCUGUGGUGGCGGCGCUACUCUCAGGCCAGAAGAAGCGCGCGACCGACACGGCAACCAUCGUUCCGAAGACGGAGCUUCCAGAGAGCUUCCCAGACACGCAUCAGAACGAGUCGACACAGGCACAGGCACCGCUUCGGCAGAGGUCCAGGAUAAGCCGCAAGCGCCCGAUGCCUUCGGAUGGAGAUGCUUUGCCCAAGCCAGUGCCAGAAGCCAAGGAGGAACAGCCAGUUCAUCGAAGCUGCAAGCUCAGUGCCCACAAAAACAUCACACCCUUCAGCACUGAGCGCGCGGUCAAAGAAUCGGCGCGCCUCAGCGCCAGCGCACCGGCACCGGUGCCACGCGACUGCGCGGCCCGAGGUGAGGUGGGAGCAGUUGCUCUUCCCGGAGUGGAGUUGAAGGUGAAGGAAGAGCUCGGGGAGGAGCUCGGAAGGGGAAUGGCCGGCGCUGUAGCACUGCCACGAGAUGUGUCAGAGGAGAAGGCCACUGCCGAGCAGCCUUUGCCCUCGCAGAGCGGACCGAAGGGCGCAGAGCGCGCACACGCUCCAGGCCUGGGCAGGCACGAGGGAAAUAUCACGGUUGGAGUCAUGUUUGGGCUGACUCAUGAGGAAAAGCGACAAGCCUUACUUGGAACUUAUGCCAACCAUUUUGCAGGCUUGGAUAGCGUCUCCAUUCUCGGACCAGACUGCAUGUCCAACGCGCAUGAAGAGAAGAUUAGUCCGGGCACCAUACAAUCCGUCCAGUCGACGCAUCUUCCUCCGGAGGUGAAGACGGAGGAAGAGCUCAUCAUCGAUGGCGCUGAGCCCGUUGUACAUCCAACCGGGAUCUGGCUCAAUCCUUUGAAGGCGCGGUGUUCGAAUCGGCUCGUGCUGGAAGGCGUCGAGCUGCCUCGCGCUUCCUGGGCAACGGCAGACAAGCGCGCGCCGGAGGUGUACCCAUCAGAAGGGAAGCCCAACUUCAAGCGAUUCCGCAAGGGCCAGAGCACUGAAGUCACAACCUUCGUGCAUGUGGUGCCCUGGGCACCCCCGGCACGUCGGCUGGAUUUUGAGACCCAGCCCUCCAUCGACAUGCGUGAGAGCGAAAUUCCGAACUUGGGCAUGUGA